AUGUUAAAAGAUCACCGUUUGAAUACACGUGAUUCAAAUCAAUUUUAUUCUCGUCGAGGAUCUGUUCAACUUUGGCAAUUUUUAUUGGCAUUAUUAGAAGAUGGUGUGAGUGGUACAAUUAUAUCAUGGACGGGAAAGGGUUUAGAAUUUAAAUUAGUUGAUCCGGAAAAGGUCGCUCGUUUAUGGGGUGUGCAAAAAAAUCGCCCAUCAAUGAAUUAUGAUAAAUUAUCUCGAUCACUUCGUUACUAUUACGAAAAGGGAAUAAUGCAAAAAGUUUCUGGUGAAAGAUAUGUCUAUCGGUUUGUUUGUGAUCCAUUAGUAUCAUAUCCUAUUAGAAGUGGUAAUUUAUCCAUUACAUCAAAAAUAAAUGAAAAUAAGGUACCAAUAACCAUCGAUAAAACCAAUUCAACUUUUAAUACAUCCUACAAAAUGAAACCAAAUCCAUCAUUAUCACCAUCAUUACGAGAUAAUAUUCAUGAUAGACAAACAUUGCCUCCGUCUAAUAUGGCUGCUGCUUAUGCAUCAUUGUAUCCAGCAUUUUACGCUAAUACAACUACUGCUGGAUUCCGAAAUUCAUUUCACUAUGUUAGUUCACCUUAUGCAGACUAUGAUACAAAAUCAUCGUCAACAACAGCAACAAAUGUCGAAAAUUAUUGGCGAAUGUAUUCUGUCUCAAAUCAUCAAACGCAUAAUACUGAUCAAUAUCAGACGUUUUCAAUUAUGGAUUCACCACAAACUGUUCCUCUACAUUCGGAUACGACAAAUGGUAGCCAAUGUUACUAUGCGUCUGGAUUUGACUUUUUUGUGUAA